CUCUCUCUCUCUCCAAAAAGGCUACUGCACCUGCAAACUGCAACUUUUGUCUAACCCCCCCUCCUGUUCAUUUCAUCACCUCCAUUUCUUAAAACCUGCCAAGCCCUGUGCCACAAGCUCACUGCAUCACAUAGCACUUCCUCUCUCUCUCUCUCUCUCUCUCUCUCUCUCUCUCUCUCUUACAUCCCACCCACCAAAGACCCAAAAACAAAAAGAGAAAUUUGGACAAAAAUCCCGACAAGAAUUAAUCAAUCGAGACACACACACACGCAAACGCCGAACGCUCCAAUUCAUACUUCCUCCUCCUCCUCCUGUCCCUCACUCUCCACUCCACCCACGAAUAACCAACGAAAAAGAAAGGAAAAAAGGGGGAAAAUUUUGGGGCAUAAAGAUCCGACCCCAGAUGUUCACCCUCCGCCCCGCGGCCCCCCUCCUCGUCGUGCUCCUCCUCGCCGCCGCCGCGCGCCUCCCUCGAUCGGCGUCCGACCCGGGGGACGAGCUCUGCCUCACCCGCCUCUCCGAGUCGCUCCAGGACCCGGGCCGGCGGCUCUCGAACUGGAACCGGUCCGCCUUCGCCGCCCCGUGCAACGGCUUCACCUCCUCCCUCAGCGGCGCCACCUGCACCAACGGCCGCAUCUACAAGCUCUCCCUCUCCAACCUGGGCCUCCAGGGGACCCUCCCGGCGAACCUCGCCAACUGCACCUCCCUCCAGGCCCUCGACCUCUCCGCCAACGCCCUCACCGGCCCGAUCCCGCCGGACCUCCAGGGCCUCGUCAACCUCGCCGUCCUCAACCUCUCCUCCAACCGCCUCUCCGGCCAGAUCCCCCCGCAGCUCGCCCUCUGCGCCUACCUCAACGUCAUCGACCUCCACAACAACCUCCUCUCCGGCCCCAUCCCCCAGCAGCUCGGCCUCCUCGUCCGCCUCUCCUCCUUCGACGUCUCCAACAACCGCCUCGAGGGCCAGAUCCCCGGCUCCCUCGCGAACCGGACCGGCAACCUCCCCCGCUUCAACGCGAGCUCCUUCGAGGGCAACAAGGGGCUCUUCGGGUACCCUUUGGCCCCCAUGAAGAGCAAAGGCCUGUCGGUGCUGGCCAUUGUCGGGAUCGGGCUCGGGAGCGGGCUGGCCAGCCUGGUGCUCAGCUUCACCGGGGUCUGUAUCUGGCUGAGGGUCACCGAGAGGAAGCUGGUCAUGGAGGAAGGCAAGAUCAGUCAGCUGAUGCCCGAUUACUGAUGAAUUUCUCGAUGGAAAUUGAUGGGAUUUCUUGCUCCUUUUGCUCCUUUCGGAUGUGAAGAUGGAGAUGGAGAUUUGACGUUUGUGCAGAUUGAGUUCAGGUACAUUUUGGAUUUUUCGGUGAGUUGCGAUACUCAGAGGGAAAAGGGGAACAAAAGUUCGAGCUCUGUAUUUUUAGUAUUUUUCUGUAUUUUUCUU